GAUGAACAUCGAGGUUGGGAACGUGUCCUACUCGGGAGCCAUCGUUUCCUGGUCGUCCUCGGAGCCCUGCCUGGAGGACUAUUACCAUAUUAUGUACAGGCCCAACUGGAACAGCAUCUUCUCUGGCUAUCUUCGCUACAGCUUCCACCAUGAGGAGAAGGUGCCUCGAACCAUCAGCUCGGUGGUGCUAGACCACCUCGCCCCUUCCACUUUCUACUUCCUGUGCGUCAGCUGCAAGAAGAUCACCUUCCCCCACAGGCACUACUGCACCAUGUUCCACACCCUGGAUAAGAGCCCGCUGGCUGCCGGGAGCUCCCUGGUGGACCCGCACAUCUCCCUGUGGAUCCUGCUGGCCAUUCUGCUGGCCUGCUUCACAGCCGUCUUAGCUUUCAUCUGCCUCCAGUUCUGGUGCAUCCGUUGCCAUGAGCCUCGCUGGUCUUACAGGGCCGGCCACAUGGAGGAGGCCAACGGGCUGGUGAGGUGGCCAGAGGAGGGCCCGGCUCUUGGUCAGAGGGAGGAAGACCUGCAGGGGCUGCCCCUGGUGGAAAUGCCACGCAGGGAUUCCAGAGCGGGAGCCGAAGCCGAAGCCGACCAGGAUGCCCCCGACGAGGGUGCCCCCCAGAGGGAGGGUGGCGGCCAACCUGCCAUUCUGCCUCAUUUUGAGGAGUGAGAGGUGGGGAGGAGGCAGCCCUCGUCCUGUAGCAUAAAGCCCUCCACACAGUAGUUCCUUUGUAAAAUGUGUCUGUAGAUUACCCACAUCUCCCCACAAUGCUAGAGUCCCUGAGGAUCACUGGGUUCAGUGACUGCCCUGUGACUAAGCUCCUCAAGCUGGGGACACCCCCCUAUGCUGUGCUAAGGGAGAAGAAACAUGGUGUCUCUUAGGAGGGUCCUUUGGGUGGGCGCAGUUAGAAAUUUAGAAAAUUAUUUUAACAUUAAAACAAACAUGAAUAAAUUAUGAUGUAGAAAGUGAAAUUUGCAUGACUUAAAUAAAACAUAGUGCUUCAGGUAAAUCGUGGGGUUGAAGAUGGGCUCUCUGAGUUAUGCUGUCAGUCAGCUUUCAGGCUGGAGUCCAGUCUCCUCUGCUAUUGGGGGGUUGUUUUGGAAAGUGGGAGAAGGCUGGCCCUACAGCACUUUCCAACUUUCAGGUAAUUGCAUACCACUUCCUACAUCAUUUUUGUUUUUUGAGCCAUGCACUGUCUUUGCUAUUACUAGCAAAUAUUUUUAAAUUGAUUCAUUUUUUUAACCUUAAACUUAUUUUAAAAGGUAGCUGUACAUUAAUCCAAACAUGAAUACCAGCACAGAAGGAUAAACAGAACGAAAACAAAAUAAUAAAUUUGAUAGACACUAUGUAUUGCCUACUAAAGACUCCAAGGUUAAGGCCU